UCUUAGGUGCAAGAGAAGAAUUUCCAUCUAAUAUAGGAAUUAGAACUACAUUUGUGUCACCGCCCGAAAAUAAUCCAUCCUCAACGUAGGGAUUUGUUAUAUUUUGCCUACAGACACAGUUUUCAUACUACUCUAUAGAGUGCCAUAAUGCAACCAGCUACUGUAGUUGUUGCUCCAUUACCACCAUUCGGUGACAGUCCUGUGCAAGUAACAUGUGGCAAUUGCCGUCAGACAGUUAUGACUACAACCAUUGCUGAAAACGGAGCCUGUGCUUGGCUUGCCGCUGCAAUCGUUUGCUUCAUUUUUUGUCCUUGUGCCUGGGUUCCAUUAGUCAUGGAUUCCUGCAAAGAUGUCCAUCACACAUGCCCUGCUUGCGGAGCGCGACUGGGUACUUAUAAAAGGUUGUAAAGUGCUCACCAAACGAACUGAGCUGGAUGUAACAAGAAUGAAAGUUCUAUGUAACUCGCUAUCAUACGGACAAAGUACUGAUUUUUUUGUAUUUGAUAUUUUCGAAUAAAAUUAUUCUUUAAUUUGA